AUGACUCAGAAGUCUUUGGAAAGUUUGCCUAUUGAUAUUCACUAUAAUAAAUUAACUGAUUGGCUGGUGAACCGUCGCCAUUGCACACAACAAUGUCCAGCUAUUCUAACACUUAUAAGAGACAAACUAACCAAGGCAGUAGAAGAGACCCGGGCUGAAUUGUCUGGUGGUGAGGAGGUUCAGCAACUGCUGGCAUCACCACAAUUGAACUAUUUCCAAGUGAAAGUUCUCUUUGAUCAGCUCAAGGCUACAGAGUCUGGAAAAAGGAAUUUGAUUGGACAGUACACAUCGGCAACAAUGAAGAACUGGGCAGAGAUUGUCAAACUAUACGAGAAGGAGGGGACCUACUUAUGGGAAGCAGCACAGCUGAUAAUUCGAAAUGUCAAUUAUGAGAUUCCAGCAAUCAAGAAACAGAUCAGCAAAUGUCAGCAAACUCAGAAAGAAUGUCAGAGGAAAGAGAACGAGUAUGCAUCCAGUGCCACAGAUCUGCGCAGACAGUACAAGGCGUCUUGUAAGCAGCUGGGCAUAGAGGGAAAUAAGAUUAAGACAGAACUUGCGGAGCUUGUUAAAGAUCUUCCAUCAGAACUGAGAAAGUUUGCCGAGUCGGCCAGGACACUGGAGGAUGCUGUGCAGUUUUAUGAUGAUUUUACCCGGUUUGUCUUACCAAGUGUUGAUGCAGGCAGUGAGAAUGUCUGCCUCCUGAAACACAUAUUGAGCAAAGGUAACACCACUACCUUCGAGUGGCGGACCGGCCGGGUGCCCAGCAAAGUGGAGGAGGUGCAGAUCAAGAUUGACUUGUCUGAUGAGCAAGAUGCUGCCACUGAUAGUGAGGCUGUUGAUAUAGACUGGGGUGCUGCUGACAUCAGUGAGGUUAUUGACUUUGGGGAUUCAUCUGACUUUGAUCUGGGCAAUAUCACAGUGGAAAGUGGAGGUGUCCUGGCAGCGGAGGGUGAGGUGAGCUUGGAAACCCCAGAUGUUGACGUCAUCGACUGGGAGAUCAUUGAUGAGGUGCCAGCUUCUGCGUCAGGGACUGGCAGUACUGAGGCUGAUGUGGCAUCUGGCAAAGAUGCUUUGAGUCUCAUCGACAAUCCUGAAACCAGGAAAUUGUUUGUGGAUGACCUAAUGGAGCUGCAAGCGUUUCUAAGGCAGAGAUCAAAUGAGCUGGCCCAUGAGAGUGGGGAGAGCAGUCACAUGUCGGCUGCUCCCAGUGAGAUCCACCUGGACCUGAAGACAGUCACGGCCAUGCUGACUAAGGUCAAGGAUAUUCUGGACCAGAUGACCUCUGUGCGGAUGGAGCACCUGAUGUUGAUCAGAGACUCACCUAGGUAUGUGGAUCGUCUGCGAGACUCCUUGAGACAAAAACUGGUGCUGGCAGACAAGAUGGUGCUGAGUGAGAAGGAGAUGGCUGGCACCAGGCUGGAAGCCAUAGAAGAGGAGAAAGAGUUGGAACCUCAGCUGGAGAUCCUGAGAAAACAGACCAAGAUUAUUAAAAAACAGCUGGAGGAGGAGAUCUCUAAGAAAUACAAUGAAAGAAAAGUCAACAUUGUUGGAGAAAUCAAUACGCUGUGA